AUGAGUUUCUUAAUAUUGUUGAUCUUUUUCAAUACGGAAGAUGCGAAUAAUGAUAUACUCACUAAAGUAAUGAAUAAUCUGUAUGAGAAACUUUCUGGUAAAGUCUGGCAUCUGAAAUCGAAUCGAGACGUCUAUUCAGCAAGUGCAUCUCUACAGUUAGAAAAGAGGCCAUUUUGGAAAAAUAGGGAGCUUUCCAACAUCGACGCAAAAAUCUAUAGUUAUAGAUUUCUUCUCCUCCUUCUCCCUUUCGACUCCUCUUCUUCCCGUUUUCUUCUUCUUCUUCUUUUCCGUCUCCUCUUCCUCCCCCUUUUUCUUCUCGUCCUUCUCCCUUUUCAACUGAACCGCCUCCUUUCUUCUUCAUCUUCUCCUCUUCCUCCUCCUCCUUCUUCUUCUCUUCGCCUCCUUCUCCUCUUCUUUUCCGUCUCCUCUUCCUCCUCCUUUUUCUUCUCUCCUCCCUUUUCAACUGAACCGCCUCCUUUCUUCUUCAUCUUCUCCUCUUCCUCCUCCUCCUCCUUCUUCUUUUCUUCGCCUCCUUCCUCCUUCUCCUCUUCUUUUCCGUCUCCUCUUCCUCCUCCUUUUUCUUCUCUCCUUCUCCCUUUUCAAUUGAACCGCCUCCUUUCUUCUUCUUCUUUAUCUUCUUCUUCUUCUCCUUUUUUUCGCCUCCUUCCUCUUCUUCUCCUCCUCCUCCUUCUACUCUCACGACAUGUAAGAUCAUGA